AUGAAACCAUAUUUAGUUGACAUAAUAGAUAAAUCAAACGUUUCUGAGUCCAUCAAAUACAAAAUUACCAAUGAUGUACCAGAUAGCUUAGAUAGCAGUAUUAGGGACACCCAAUUGAUUCAACCCCACAUUGAGAAACCAGUAGUGAAAUAUUUAUUCAAGGAUGAUUUGAAAGAUACCAAGUACACCAAUGAACACAUUGUAGAAGAGCUAAUACAACUGGAUGAGAAUAUAAAGAAAGUGAUCAUUCUUGAAGUUGAAGACAAUAAAAUAAAGGAAACUAAGCAGUAUAAUUUACAAGACGAAGAAGCAACUCAAAUUUCACACAUUGAAGUAAAUGAUACAAAUUCACAUAAUAGUAAGAUCAUACGGAUCGAAACGGUAGAAUCUAACUUGAAAGGUAUAGAGAAGUUUACGAAUAAGUUAGGACAAACGAGUAGUCUACAUAUGUUGGAGCUAUUUGAUAAUCGCAACAAACAGUUACUAGAUAUCAUACGCUACGCAGACGAAACAAAAUAA